ACUGCAUUGACUGCAACAUUGAGGCACACAUUUGAGACAUACAUUCAAAACCAUUGAUUAAUUACUUUCCUUCAAAAAACACUACAAUUUGAUGAUAUAUUACUUGUCUCACAACACCAUUGAAUCAACUUUUGAUUUGUGUCGACAAUUAGGAUAACAGUCGACAACAUCUUAAACUAAGAGGUUUGAAGUAACGGAUCAAUUGAUGCAAAGAUAUAUCUGAAGAAAUGAUUAGUUUAAGUGAAGCCGAAAGUGUGUGGGACUUCUUGCCGUUGUUUGCGGUGAUGGUAUUGAUGCCACUGUUGGUUGUGGUUUCACCAGCCAUGGCUUUGGAUCAGCUCAACGUAUAUCGUGUGCAACAAUUUGAUCUUCACAACAGUCGCUACGGAUCGCGACAAUCGGUAAUGAAUUUGGAGUCAAUUUCUGUCCAUCAAAUCAAAGAGAGUUUUGCCAAGAAGUGUGUUAUAUUUAAGUUAAACGAACUGUUGGACCAAAUGGAAACAUUUCAGACUAUAAUCGACGAGACAUUAGUCGCCGGUAUAUUAAUUAUAUUACCGAAGACUAUGAAAUCAUUAAAUGAACAACAAUUGGAUAAGUUUUUGACUCUCGAAAGGUUUUUAGUGUCCCGUGAAAUACAAAUACCGAUUUAUGUGACACAAGAGUCCAAACAACUCUUAGCUCUUUAUGAAAUGCAAUCGACAAAUAUUGUCAAAGAUUCAGAAGAAGAUCGACAACAAUCAAAUUUGAUGAAACUUUACGAUUCAGUGAUGACUAAUGGCUACCAAUUGGUAGUUUCGGGUCCGCAAACGUUACCACUUAAAGAUUUUCUGGUCACAAAUGUUCAGGCCAAAUUAAUUGGUGCCGGCAGUGAGGAACAAAUGCCGACAAUAGCAUUGGUUGCUCAUUACGAUGCCUUUAGUAUAGCACCGUCCCUAUCAUUUGGUUCCGAUUCCAAUGGCAGUGGAGUCGUUGCACUUCUGGAAAUGUUGCGCUUGUUUUCUAAACUAUACUCUAAUCCUAAAACUCAACCAAAAGUGAAUCUACUGUUUGUAUUGACCGGCGCCGGAAAAUUCAAUUAUUUGGGAACCAAGAAUUGGAUUGAAGAACAAUUAGAUGGAAGUGACACUACUUUACUCACAGAAUCACUGUUCAGCAUAUGCUUGGACUCAUUGGUCAAUAGAGAUGAUACGAAUGGCCUCUAUAUGCAUGUCUCAAAACCGCCGAAAGAUGGGACGCCAGCGGCACAACUAUUCGAGGAUCUCAAACAAAUCGCAUCCAAUUCAUUCACUAAUCCAUUCAAUGUCUCAAUGAUUCACAAGAAGAUCAAUUUGGCCGAAGAAACGCUUGCGUGGGAACAUGAACGGUUUAGUAUCCGACGAUUGCCGGCAUUCACUCUAUCGGCACUCAAUUCGCACCGAUCAUUGAGACGCAAAUCAUUAACAGAUGUAUUUGAUGACAAACAAUUGGAUCCGUUGUAUUCCAAUAUCAAUCUGAUCUCUGAAGUAAUCGCCCAUCAAAUGUACAAAGGCUUUGAUACCAAUUUAUUUGACAGCGAUUUAAGACUUUCCAAAACAUUUGUUAAGUCGUUAUUAUAUCAGUUGACACGUCAGUCACGGUCUCAACAGCUAUUGCUUAGCACUCGAAAGGCAUCGCAAGUGGAUGUCUCGCCAGUAGUUCGUAGUUUAGAACAAAUUAUGCGUCGCUUUUGCAAUGAUGUCCAACUCAUACACAUCAAAGUCGACAAUAAAGAUAAUGAACUGGUCUUUUAUGAGCCGACACAAGCGGUUCUCAACAUUUAUAAUGUAAAGCCAGCCAUCUUUGAUCUUAUAGUCUCUGUGGUUAUCGCUAUAUAUUUACUCGCCUUUUUUGUAGUCCUUACGAACUUUCAUCACUUGAGUUCAUUGACAAAGAAAAUUGUCAAUUCAAACGGUUAUCAUUCAAAGAUUUAAUGAAAAACCAUUGAUUUUUAUCAAAAAUUAUUGAGACUUCAAUGUCUAUCAUUCAGUGUUUUAUAUUAUAAUUAAGAGACAAUUAGAUAUUUAUAGAAUUUAUCGUAAAUUAUUAUCGAUUAGUAUAUAUAUAUAUAUAUAUUAGACAUAACAUAACAUAAACUCAUUCAAAACGAACAUUUUUUACUCUUUAUAGGUUAAAAACAUUUCUUUAAAUUUUUAAUAAAUAAUUAUUUGGGUUUUUAGCAAUAAUAAUAAGU